UGUGACUCGACUGUGAGCUUCAGUUGCCGUGGCGACCCAUCGUCUUAGUCCUGCACUUUUUUCUUUUCCCCACUACUCUUGCUUUGGUAUUUGUUGAUUGUGCGCCUGCGGCAUGCACCUCACCGUCAAGGAGGAGCGGCCGGAGCUGGGUCUGAAGGAGUUGGGAGCUGACAAUCCAGCUUUUGGGGGCAAAGAUGUUGACGAACAGCCGGCGGUGGACGCGGAGGUCCGGCAGGAGAGGGCCAACGCGGCCGCCGACCUGGUCUACGCUCUCAACGACCGGCCGCCCUGGUACCUCUGCAUUCUGCUGGGAUUCCAGCACUACGUCCUGGCGUUCGGCGGCAUCAUCGCCAUCCCGCUCAUCCUGGCCGAGCCGCUCUGCAUCGGCGACAACAACGUGGCUAAAAGCCAGCUCAUCUGCACCAUCUUCUUUGUGUCCGGACUCAGCACACUGCUUCAGACGGGGAUUGGGAUCAGACUGCCAAUUCUCCAGGGCGGGACCUUCAGUUUCAUCACUCCGACCUUGGCCAUCCUUGCGCUGCCCAAGUGGCAGUGUCCCACUUCGCAAAAGCCCGCCAUGUUGUCUGCGCACAAUGGCAGCAGUCCAUUGCAGAUAGUGGACAACGGCGACGAAGUGUGGAUGUCGAGAAUGCGCGAGAUCCAAGGAGCUAUCUUGGUGUCGUCGCUUGUCCAGAUCACGCUGGGCUUCACUGGCCUGGUGGGCUUUGUGCUCCGAUAUAUUGGACCGCUGGCUAUCGCGCCCACCAUCAACCUCAUCGGUCUGUCACUGUUCACUGAGGCCGGCAAGAAGUCAGGCGGCCACUGGGGGAUCGCUGCUCUCACGGUGUGCCUCAUCCUGCUGUUCUCGCAGUACCUGAGCAGAGUGGACGUCCCGCUUAUUGCCUACAAGGACAAGAAAUGGAAAGUGUUCCACUACCCUCUCUUCAAGCUCUUCUCGGCCUUGUUCGGAAUGUGUGGCGGCUGGCUGGUUUGUUUCCUGCUGACCGUCUUCGAUGUGCUGCCAUCCAAGUCGGAUAAGUACGGUUACGCAGCGAGGACCGACAUUAAUCUGGAUGCUGUUGCCAACUCGCCCUGGUUCCACAUUCCCUACCCAGGUCAAUGGGGCUUGCCCACUGUCAGCGUGUCAUCAGUGCUCGGCAUGAUGGCGGGCGUUUUGGCAUCCACCAUGGAGUCCAUUGGUGACUACUACGCUUGCGCCCGGCUGUCGGGCGCGCCGCCGCCACCGACCCACGCCAUCAACCGCGGCAUUGCCGUUGAAGGCAUCGGUUGCAUCCUGGCUGGUCUGUGGGGGACGGGCAAUGGGACUACCUCCUAUAGCCAGAACAUCGCUGCACUUGGCAUCACCAAGGUUGGGAGCAGACUGGUGCUCCAGACAACUGGAAUUCUUAUGAUUGUCCUGGGAAUCUUUGGGAAGUUUGGAGCCGUCUUCAUUACCAUCCCGGAUCCGGUUAUCGGGGGCAUGUUUCUGAUUAUGUUUGGAAUGAUCGCCGCCGUUGGGAUUUCGAACCUGCAGUAUGUGGAUCUUAACUCAUCUCGUAACCUGCUCAUCCUUGGCUUCUCCACGUUCAGCGGUCUUGUGUUGCCCACAUGGUUUCACUCCAACCCGGGAAUCAUCGACACAGGAAUCAAAGAGCUAGACCAGAUCAUCGUGGUGCUCUUCACGACACACAUGUUCAUCGGAGGCUUCUUUGGUUUCAUCCUGGACAACACCAUUCCAGGGAGCGCCGAGGAGCGAGGUCUCCGCAAGUGGCAGCACGCGGAAACCAAGGAAAGUCAAGCCACGUGCGACCAGUCAUGCUACGACAUUCCCUUCUGCAACGUCAUUUGGCAACGCUUCCGCUUCUUCCGUUACGUGCCCUUCCUACCGUCAUACAAGAGAGGUCAACGGGAAACGCCGGACGCCUUGCCGUGACGCUCUCCUUUUUCCUCGGUGCAUUUUACACUCAACACGAGCGCAAACAGUGCAACAAAAUGGAGGUUAUUACGUUUCAGUGAUAGCAGAAAGAGAUAGUAAGCGGCGUAUUUCCGAAAAUAGUGGCAAAAGUUUCCGUUUUGUUUUUAACUCAACUGCAAGGGGAGGGAGGUGUCUGGUGGUCAAGUGUUGCUGUUUUGGUUAGCAACAAGUUCUUUUCUAUGUCUUGCUGAAAGUUUUAUACUAUGUAUGUACAGUGCGUCACUAUGAUGCCAGGUUUGUGGCAUCAGUCAAAAAAAACUUAAGGUGGUAAAAAAAUACUUGGCGUUGCAAUUACUGCCAGAGAUGAACUAACAAAGUUUUGUGCAAAGGCUGUGAAUACUUACUGUAUGUAUACAUGUGAUUUCAGUUUAGUUUUUUUUUUUUUUUCCCCUCUUACUUUUUUCAGUUUUUCUUUAUGGGGUGUUGCGUGUAGAAUUUUGAGCUGCAAAUGAUUUCCACAUUCACCGUAUGAGGAGAAGGCCACUAUUUGAGGAACUACGGUAAAUUGAAGACAGUUUUCAAUAAUGUUUCUAUUUUUUUUACAGAAAAACAUAUAGAUAAUAUAAUGGUUGUUUUAGAAGUGAUUGCUUUAUACUAACAAAAUAUCAACCAGUCCACAUGAUGGAUUUGCUAGCAAAAUAAAAUAAAAACAAAUCUUAUUUCUGUAUAGAUUUGGAUUACCAUUCUUUUCCAUUUUCUACACUGAUGUUAGAUGUACGAAACUGUGUCAAUAAAUAACUUUGAAAAGA